AUGAGGGCCAUCCAGGGCGAACUAAAAUGCAACAGCGACUUCGACAAACUUGUUGGUGGCCAGGUAUGGAUGAUUCUGUGGUUAGAGUUGUCGAUUCUUGUUCCGGAUGCAGAUGUGGCAAUCGAUUUUCUCGGACCCCUACCUUCAGGUGAUUACCUACUCGUCAUCAUUGAUUGUUUUAGCCGAUACAAAGAGGUAGAAGUCCUGAGGAAAAUAACUGCAUGUGAAACGGCUAAUCGUUUGGAAAGCAUUUUUGUGAGACUCGGUUAUCCCCGAACUAUUACUCUGGACAAUGGGCGUCAAUUUGUCAGUAAUGAGUUUGAUGAAUAUUGCAAGACUCGGGGAAUAGUUCUCAAUAGAACAACACCUUACUGGCCUCAAGAGAACGGGUUGGUCGAACGCCAGAAUCGUUCUUUGGUGAAACGAUUGAAAAUCAGUCAAGCUUUGAAAAAGGAUUGGAAGCAAGAUCUGUUCGCAUACUUAUCCAUGUAUUACUCGACACCGCAAAGCACUACAGGAAAGACACCAACCGAAUUAAUGUAUGGAAGGAACAUAAGAACCAAGCUACCGUCUCUGCAAGACAUAACUACGGCGGUUCCAUUCACUGAUUUUGCUGAUCGUGAUCAACAAGCCAAAGAAAAAGGGAAAGAGAGAGGAGAUGUUAGACGCAGAGCAAAACCUUCAGGUCUGGUAGUAGGUGAUAAGGUUUUGGAAAAAAAUUUAAUACCUGGUAAUAAGCUCACACCGACCUUCAAUCCGUCGGUUAUGACAGUCACUGCGAAAGAAGGAGCACGAGUUACAGUUGAAGAUAAUAAUAGGAGAGUUUAUCAGAGGAACUGUAGUCACCUUAAGAAGCUAGGUUCAGAGCAAAAUUAUGCAGAUAAAGGCGAAGCUCUCAACGUGAUGGCACCGGUCGGUGAUCAUCAUGAAGUCGAACGUCUACGAAGCUCCGAAUUACUUAUGGAAAGGCCCGAUGAAAGUUCAACAACCGCAGCUGAUUUAUCAAGUGAUCCUGCGUCGCCACUUGCGGCUUCGUCCAGUCCAGUCGUCACCAUGCCAUCAGAAGGAGGAAGGGCCCGCAGGAACACAAAGAUGCCAAAUCGUUUCAAUGAUUGUGUCAUGGAGUAUUAA